AUGACGAAACAAACUAAGCAAGACAAAGAGGGUACGAAGAAAUCAAAGGAAAAUGGGUCCAAAAAGGAGAAGUUGGUGUCCUCCGUAGCACCACUGAUAACUACGGAAUGCCAGCUUCGAAAGGUGAUUAAAGAUAAGAAAAAGGAAAAUUAUACUGUGGAUGAAGCUAAGAAUAUUUACCAUUCUGUACAGGAAUCCAAAUCUGGAUUCCCAAUCUACAUGGCUUCUAUUUACCCCGAGAAGGUGACGUUCAAACCUACUGAGAAGGGUAAAAAGAUGAGACCGGUCGAAUAUACCACUAUUGGACAAAUUAUUCAGAUACCAGAAGACCUUCAGUCUUUCCUACUUCACGUCCCCAAAUCUAAGAAAGCCAAGUCAUUUACCGCUCUCUUUGCAUGGCUUGAUCCUCAAAUGUCAAAAAGAUUUGAAAAGAUUGUUCAUCAAGCUAACAAUUCCCUAGCCAUGGCUCCACUUAAGGACAAUGUUACAAAUGCACAAAAUAAGGGUUCGCACCCAAGAUCCGAUGCAUCUAAUGCUGGCUAUAGUAAAUCAUCGCUUCUCCAACCUCCAAAUGCUCCCUACUUUGCAACCUCUUUAUCCCCCUCUGUAUGUGAUACAAAGGAUUUGAGUUCUGAUCUUAUUCGGGUAUCUAAACGUGUUUCGGAGACCUACACCUAUUACUGUCCAAACAGAACCUUUUACCGUAGUGGCAAAGGGGAAGAAAAUCACAACACACAAGCUUCUAGUGGAUCUACUUGCUCAAGCGAUAGUUCCUAUGGCGACGAUUCAGAAGAUUCAGAUUGUAUCUGUCGUGAUAAGGAGUCGGUGUUUUACGGAGAGAGGAUGUCACCCAAGUCGCAGUACAUCGAUCGACUGCUGAGAGCCACCGUACAAAUGCAGAAUGAAAACCGCUAUUCUUAA